CUCCCCAGUGAAAACUGAGAUUGUGGUUGAGGGGGAGCUGCUGCUGCUGCUGUGUGUGUGUCGGACGGACCAUGAAAGGAAAGAGCUGGAUUGUACUUUUAACUGCUGUUUUACGUUCUUUUCCGUCUCACUUUGGAAUUACAGUUUGUGGAAGAUCAACAGGAACGAUCUAGAGGAGUGAAACUGACUCGAAACCGGAUUAUGGGUCGUCACGAAGCCGUUCAGCGGUCGAGUGAAUAAAGUUAGCUUGGUGCUAACGCGGUCGGUGACGCGGGGAGAGCCGGAGACCAGACCGCGAGAAGUUUGCGUCGUCGUCGUCGUCGUUGUUGCAGAUUCCCACAGUUAUGCUGCCUUUAGGAGACCAUUCGAGCUUUGGAUGAGGUUACGAAGCGAAAGUCUGUGUGAUUAAGAGGCUGAGUUGAGGGUGCGAUGGUGGGGCGGGAGUUAGCGGUGUGGGGAUCCGGGGGUGGCCGGACGGGGUGCUGCUCUCGGCGGCUUGCACAGCUGUGGAGACUCGGUGGAUGCGGACUACUCCUGCUGCUUCAUUCCGCUCUGUGUUUCGCCAACAAACCCGGCGGAUUAAACAACAACAACAAUAACAACAACUCGAAUGUGAACGUUUAUAUGAGCGAGGAUGAGGUUAAAAAACUUCUGGGUCUGGACGCCGAGCUGUACUACGUGAGGGACGGCGUGGUCAAUCACUACGCUCUCUACUUCAUCCUGCCGGUGCCCAGCAAGACCAACAGCCUGCAUUUCACCUGGCACUCCAAGAGCAAGGUGGAAUACCGGUUGGGCUUCCUGGUGGAGAACCCUGCAGCUAUGGACCAGCCUCAGAGUAACAUCUCAGCCCAGGGAGAGGUUCCUCUCACCCGCUCAGUGUUCAGGGUGGACCUCUUCUGCUCGGGGAAGGUGGACGCCGAGGCCGUUCUGACGGUGCAGCUCAGUCUGACCAUUCACGCCCAUAACUUCACAGUGCUCAACUUCAAACGCAGGAAAAUGUGCUACAAACGAAUCGAGCAGCCAGAUCCUCCCAAAAUCCUCCCGUCCCCCAACAGAACCCGACCAGACCUGGACAGCGUGACGGCCACCACCACGUCCACCAGGGUGUUCUACAUCAGCGUGGGAGUGUGCUGCGCCGUCAUCUUCCUGGUGGCCAUCGUCCUCGCCGUCCUGCACCUACACAGCAUGAAGAGGGUGGAGGUGGACGACAGUGAGAGCGACAGUGGAAGCUCACAGGGUCUCUCUCAGCCUUCCACCCAGACCACGCAGUACCUGAGAGCAGAUACUCCCAACAAUGCCACCUCAGUCACCAAUGUUCACGCUGGCUCUCCUCCCAUGCUGCAGCUCUCAGGCGCCUCCUUCCCCCACCCCGGCGCCCCCUCCCAUGAAAGCAAAAGCUACCCUUCGCUGCGGAUCGAGAAGAACGACCUGAGGAGCGUGACGCUGCUGGAGGCCAAAGCCAAGGUGAAAGACAUCGCCAUCUCCAGGGAGAGGGUGACGCUGCGGGACGUCCUGCACGAAGGAACCUUCGGCCGGAUCUUUCACGGCGUCCUGCUGGACGAGAAGGAUCCAACUAAAGAGAAACAAGCGUUCGUGAAAACGGUUAAAGAUCACGCCUCUGAGGUUCAGGUGACGAUGAUGCUGACGGAGAGCUGUAAGCUCAGAGGUCUUCAUCACAGGAACCUGUUGCCCAUCAGUCACGUGUGCACGGAGGACGGCGAGAAGCCCAUGGUCCUGCUGCCCUACAUGAACUGGGGCAACCUCAAGCUCUUCCUGCGCCAGUGCAAGCUCGCCGAAGCCAACAAUCCUCAGGCCAUCUCCCAGCAGGACCUCGUUCACAUGGCCAUCCAGAUCGCGUGUGGUAUGAGCUACCUGGCCAGGCGGGAGGUCAUUCACAAAGACCUGGCCGCCCGGAACUGCGUCAUCGACGACGGCAUGCAGGUGAAGAUCACGGAUAACGCCCUGGCUCGUGACCUCUUCCCCAUGGACUACCACUGCCUGGGGGAUAACGAGAACAGGCCCGUGCGCUGGAUGGCGCUGGAGAGCCUGCUCAACAACGACUUCUCCAGUGCCAGCGACGUGUGGGCGUUCGGAGUGACCCUGUGGGAACUGAUGACGCUGGGACAGACUCCUUAUGUCGACAUCGACCCCUUCGAGAUGGCCGCCUACCUGAAGGACGGCUACAGAAUAGCGCAGCCCAUUAACUGCCCGGAUGAGCUGUUCGCCGUGAUGGCGUGUUGCUGGGCUCUGGAUCCCGAGGAGAGGCCCAAGUUCCAGCAGCUCGUCCAGUGUCUCACCGAGUUCCACGCCGCUCUGGGAGCCUACGUCUGAACCCCGUCUGAGCUCCGUCUGAGCUCCGUCUGAGCUCCGGCGGCGUCCCAGACACGGAAACGAACACCAGUGCCUUAUUAUAACGUCACUCAUUUUACAUUCACGCUCUUUGUGCUCGCAGACGUUUAAGAAUCGAGAAUUUCAUCAUUUUGUUUUUUAGUUUUUCACGGAGUGGCAGCGUUUUCAUUUUUGAGGAAUACUGGGAAUAUUCCAGGAAGCUCCUGGUCUCUGUUCCUGGAAAAUCGUUUCCACUUGAAGACUCCCGAAGACGUUUUAUUGUUUUGUUUGAUUGUUCGUUUGUUUUUAAGCUCACACCCUUAUCUUAUCGAUACAGGUCUGACUGAUUUUUCGGGUGUGUUUCUCGGCUCGGAUCAUUUUCGAAGCUUCGGACUCGGACGCAGAGCGAUGAUUUACGAUGGCAUUACUCCAAGGGUACUUAGAAAGACGUUUACCAAAAGCGGCUUCCACUGUCCACACUGCUAGAGACCAGAGUAAUCGGGUGGAUGAGCGGGCGCCCGAAUUUUACUUUUCUUAGAUCUUUUAUUGAGCUGAUUUGUGGUACAUUUGCAGCAAAAUUUGAUUUUAGUUCCUGAGGUUUUAUUUCAUUCACUUCCAACAGAUUUUUUAAAGCAUUUUCUCCCGAUUUUAGCGCGUCCGAUUUGUACCCGAUUGUGUCACGCCUCCUCCCUACCGGUCCUGACCCCCGCCCCGAUUGAGGAGAGCGAACUGACACACGCCCCCUCCGACACGUGCGCAGUACCCGACUGCAUCUUUUCACCUGCACGAGGCGAGUGCAUGUGUGGAUCAGUGUUGUGCACGGAGAGACACACCCCAACUCUAAUGCUGAUGAGCUCUCUAUCCGGCUCCCACCCUGUAUGAACAACAGCCAAUCGUUGUUCAUGUGGCCGCCCAGCCCAGCCGGAUGGCGGAGCCGAGUUCCGAUACGAUGUAUUCGAGAUCCCGGCUCUGGUGUGCUAGUGUGUUUUACCGCUGCGCCACCUGAGCGGCUACUUUGGCAUUUAGCGGACACUUUUAUCCAAAGCGACUUACAGUACUGUGACAGUAUAUUGUUUAAGCAAUUGAGGGUUAAGGGCCUUGCUCAAGGGCCCAACAGCAGCAACCUGGCAGUGGUGGGGUUUAAAACAGCAACCUUCUGAUUACUAGUCCAGUAUCUUACCCACUAGGCUACAACUUCCCUUUAAUUUAAAAUUUAAUGUGGUCCAAAAUAAAGCCUGAUGGAACUGAACAAAUGCUGACCGCUUCAACAGAGCAUUGACCAAUCAGUAAACGGACACGGAUGAUUGGCUGGUCCAAGGAUUGCUGCAGUUACUCCCUCUGCUGGCUGAUGGAUGGCGCUGCACAGAGACGGGGGAUAACGGAGAUCGGUGUGACUCUGUGCGCGAUACGGAUCUCCAUAUGAACCCACAUACUGCAGGUGAAAAGAAGCGGCCAUACUGUACACACGUCAAAGACGGAGCGGAGGUGAAAUUGAAUAUCUGGCCACCCUACGGCUCAUUUAAAUAUGCUGUACAGUGAUGGAUAGUCUCCCUGUAGAACCUUUAAAGCCUUGUUGUGCUCUGUUAGCCUGCGUAUCAGUCUCAGUCCUGAUCUGAAUGAUUGCUAAUAAGCACGUGAUGAAAAUUCCAGAAGUUAGAAAAAUUCAUACAGGGUUGUUUCUUAUUCCAGAUGUGUGUGUGUGUGUUUGUGUGUUUGUGUGUGUGUGUGUGUGUGUGUGUGUGUGUGUGUCAGAACAAAGUCCUGGUUGUAUUUUUUUAACGCUGUUUGUAUACAUGUGUAAAGAAACACGCCACUGUGAAUAACCCGGAGCGUACGGCCGGCGUGGACACUGUUUCCCGGCGGUUUCUCUCUCGUUAGCGGUGUAGCCUCCUCUCCUCUCCACGUCGCCGGCUGCAUGUCCAUCUGAAAAGGUGUUAAACGUGUGUAAGACGUUUCCUGGUUUCAUACCUGCAGUUAAAAUAAAAACACGUGGAUGUUUGAUGUUAAA